GGCCAAAUGAGUGGGGCCCUAUAAAGAGCAACAGAACACAAGCCAGGCUUUAUCCUGCUUGACUGUCCCGCUCACUUAGACCUCACAGGAAACUCCCGACUCCACCAGCCCUCCAACACACUCGCUCAUUAUCACUCACCACACUUUUUCUACUCUCACACAGUCCCGCCAACUGCGCUGAGUCUGACCAGAGAGGAUGGCCAUGUGGAGAAUGAAUGGGCUCUGGAGGAGGAUGGCUGGACUUCUGCUGCUCUGUGCUCUGUUGCUCGGCAAUGAGGUGAUGUGUCAGGAUGUACCCACAUUGACUCCUUCAUACACCAAUACAGUGGUAAGCUCUGCAGCUCCAGAUUCUACAGCUUCAGGUGCUACAGCUCAAAUUCCAAAGGAUGCACAUCCAGCCCAAGAUGUAGGUACUUCUCCCACUUCUGGAGAAUCUGCUAAGACCACUGCAAACCUUAUAGAUGAUCCAAUUAAAGCAACCAAUGAAAACAAUGCACUCGGCGCCGCAGCGACCGCUGCUGUCGUCACGGCAGUCCCCCACACUGUGGUGCCUGAAGUGAUGUGCGUUGGAAAAGAGGACGUUCUAGAAAGUAAUGCUGUCAAGGUUGAGUUGGCAACAGAAAAUUGCGAAGCAUCUAAACGCAUUCUAAGGCAGUACCCUACAGGCUGGUGCUCCAAGGAUACGUGUAAUCUGAAAAUCUUCCAAGACAGCAACACUAUGCUUGUGGCCAGUGAUGAUGCUACGUUGGCGUCUUUGGCUAGAACACUCGAGGGUGACGAUUUGAAAGACAAGCUAGGUGUGACAAAGACUGAGACCCCGUCAUCAUCAAGUUCCUCUGUCUUUUGGGGCGUCCUGGUCACUGGUCUGCUUGCCGCCAUUGCAAUUACUGUAGGUUACCUCAAAUGCCCACGCAGGUCUGACGCCAAGGGAGUGAGACUGGCGGAGGAGGCCUAUCCAGCAGAUCAGGAAAACCAGGGGAACACUCUUGUAUCUGUGGCCCCCCUCAACCCCCCUCCGGAAAGUCCGGAGAAACCCAGCGUAAACGGAGAGUCCCCGGAGGAGGCCAAGACCCAGCCUCCUCCUCCCACCAACGGCCACUCCACCACCAAGACAGCCGACACCGAGCUGUAAAAUAGUCCACAAAUAAUUGCAGCCCAGGAACUACCCACCCAACCCCCCCCCCACCACCAAACACACACACACACACACACACACACACACACACACACACACACACACACACACACACACACACACACACACACACACACACACGCCUAUGCAAACUCACCCCUUUCUGCAUCCACUCCUGCCUCCUAACCAUAGAGUGUCCACAGUAAAGUGGACAUCAGGGACUAGAACUAUUUCCUACAUCAACGCUCCUCUUGUUAUAGUCCCCUUGCGUCCUUCUCUUUGGCUAUGUGCCGCAAUAAACAUCAGGAAAACUAGUCUGACGAUGAUGGCGGUGAUGCUGGUGAUGACAAAGGCUCGGCCCCUGAGUUGUUGACGGCAGUCAGGCUGGAGACGAGAGACGGGAGAUGGGCAGCUCUGGGUGGGAAGAGAGUGGAUUUUAGCAUUAGUCACAAACUGGUUCCCAUGAUGACUGCAGCCUCUGGAGUCACAGCCAUAUGUCGUCAACACACAGCAAGGGGCUCUGCAUGUCAUCGAGUUCAAAGCUCCAAGCAACUCUGCCACUAUUAAAUCCAGCAUAAGCACAUCAAUGGAAUUGAUGUUUGAGUUUAUUGUAAAGCCAUGACAGACAGAGAGGAAAUAAAUCACACUGUCUUUUAAAUCUGUGUACAAACUCAGAGAGAAAAUCCAUUGGGCUCUCAUCUUGUUUGUGUUAUUGAGUUAUUGAUCAGCGUGCGGAUGUGUGUGCUGCUUUCAAAUGCUGCGUGUGUGUCUGUUAACGCAUACUUGCAACUGUACUGUGCAUCGGCUGUAGGUAUAUCCAUACAUGCCUCAAGCUUCUUUUGCUUACUGUGUGUAACAAGUGGUUGAUUUUGAUCAAGUAUGUGAGUGAAUGAUGAGUCCGAAUGUGCAUGUGAAGUACUAAAGUUUUUUUUAUCGCACCAUUUUCUUGAAAAGGGCUAGGCGCAAGGAAUUCUCCAAUCUUCCACGGCAAACUAGUGGAAUCAAUCCCAAAGCCAACAGGCCUCUUUACAGUGGAUUUAUAGUCACUGCUGACUAUGGCCUCGGUGCAAAGCCCCGUACUGUCAUCUGUAACUUUAUCGGCGUUACUCUCUUUUUAAUAUUCUGCGUAUGCUAUUUUUUCUAUCCGUAUUCUAUUGUGCAGUGUGUAUAGUAUGAUGAAUUACUUUGUCUUGUUUUUAUUUUGUGUAUCGACACCUUUUUAUGUGCCAAAGAAUUUCAUUUCAUAUCUUAUGUUGUACUAAAAUAUGUACUUCUGCGGCACCACAAAUCUGUGAUUUUGUUUUGGUCCUGUAAAAGCAUUUUUUUCUUCUUACUGACAUACCUGAGAUCAAAUACAAAAGGAAACUGCAAUAUUCCGUAGUCGACCUGGCACAAAGCAAAAAUAUUCUGCUAUAUAAAUGGGAUGUUUCGCAUUGAUUUCUCCUUUUCAAUCCACUUUGUAUCUUUUCAUUGCUAACAUUCCGAUGUGACUGUUUUAUUCUACUAGCACCCUGUAGGUAAUAAUUAAAUAUAAAAAAAUAAAAAAUGAAGGAUGAAUAA